GCAUGGCCCACCACCGGUCCAGGGCACCGCGCGUGCUCGCCCAGCGGCCAUCCCCCAGCGCCCACAGAUCCGCCUACCCCUCGCGCCGCGCACUCAGCCAAGCGACAGCCCAAUAUUAAUCGCUCGAUCGAGGAGCGACACAAAGCCACAGGCUGAUGGGCCCGAACUCUAUCAUCGCCCGCUUCGUCGCUUGGCUGCUUGGCAUGCCAGUGGGCGUUCCGCCACGAUGCUCCUUGACUUCAAUGACUAGGCACCGAAGAAGGCCAGCAGCUCUCCCAGUGCCCAUCCAGCCGGUGUGGCGAUUGACCAUACGCAGGCAAUCCGAGCCUCCCCGCGAGUUGCCGGCCACCUCGCCUUUCCGGCGCAAGUGCCGCCGUUCGCGGGGCGGAUCUCUCGUCCCUUCCUAUCCACGGGGCCUCGGUCAGCGGGCGAGCUUGUCGGGAUGCCCCGCACUCACUGUGAUACGGUUCAUGUUCUUCGCAUCCUUCCUGCAGGGCGAUCGUCGUGCUGUGUCCGUGCGCUGCAGUGCCACACCGCCGCCGUCACGCCCGCCCUCCAGCUGCGCUGCAUCAAUGACGUCCGGGGAUCCGGCAACGACUGCAUGCGAGCGAAGCCGUCACCGUGGUUUGGCUCGACGUCCGUGUACGAGGAACUGUCGCCAGCCCUCCUCCGCCGCGGUCCGACACCCACAUGUUCGUGGCGUGUCAACAGAAGCGUCUUCCGCUGGCGCGGGCCGCAGGCGCGCCUCAAGUGCGCCCGGUCGUCCACCCACCCGGCGCAGGGCCGUGAUAGCACAGAUAUUCCUAACGGGCCAAAUGCAUUCAUCACUUCGCUGUCUUCUGCGGUGGACAGUGAAGCGAGACACUGAUCUCAUACAGGGUCCAAGUGCGGUAUCGUCAUCUGCAUAGGACGUCGCGGGGUGCGUGCAUCAUCGCAUAUUCAACGAAGACGGGCGCUGAUGGAGCAAUGAUGGGAUUAUGGAUCGUCCGAGCCCUCUUAUGUUAUGCUAUCUUCCCUCUUCUUGUCCAGGAACUGGGAAGGC